AUGGAGACCCUGGAAGGAGCUGAACUCUGCUUUCCACAUCUCCUCAACACCUCCUGCAGGAGGCCCAUCCGUCCUCGACAUGAGGCCAUGACCAUCUACAUCCUGCUGUCCUCCAUCUCUCUGCUCACUGUGGCUCUUAACCUGCUGGUCAUCAUCUCCAUCUCCCACUACAGGCAGCUGCACACCCCCACCAACCUCCUCCUCCUCUCCCUGGCUGUCUCAGACCUCCUUGUGGGCCUCCUGUUGAUGCCCGUUGAAAUCAUCUACAUUGAGGCCUGCUGGUUUCUGGGUGACCUCUUGUGCACUCUGUAUUAUGUUGUAGACUUUAUUGUUACCUCUUCCUCAGUAGGUAACAUGGUACUCAUAUCAAUUGACCGCUAUGUGGCUAUUUGUGACCCUCUGUGUUACCCCACCAAAGUCACUCAGAAGAGAGUUAAAAUCUGUGUUCGUCUGUGUUGGAUCUGCUCUGUUUUCUACAGCUGUCUCCUUUUACAUGAUCAUCUGGGGCAACCAGGCAGGUCUAAUUCCUGCUAUGGAGAGUGUGUGGUUGUCAUUAACUCCAUUGCAGGGGCUGUGGACCUUGUUUUCACCUUUAUUCUUCCCAUUACUGUGAUCAUAGUUCUGUAUAUGAGAGUGUUUGUGGUGGCUGUGUCUCAGGCUCGUGCCAUGAGAUCCCACAUUGUGUCUGUCACUCUGCAGCGUUCAGGGACUGUAACUGCUAAGAAAUCUGAGCUGAAAGCAGCCAGGACUCUCGGGAUUGUCGUAGCUGUGUUUCUAAUAUGUUUCUCUCCAUACUACAUACCCACACUUGCAGGCCAGGAGACCUCAAUCGAUGCUUCAUCUGCAGCUGUUGAGAUCUGGCUGGCACAUUUCAGCUCCUGUCUAAACCCUGUAAUCUAUGCCUUUUUCUACCCCUGGUUUAGAAAAGCUAUUAAACACAUUUUUACACUUAAGAUUCUGCAGCCUGACUCCCGUGAGGCCAACAUAUUGCAGUGA